GGAAAUGGAGGCUAUGGGUGUCCAAGCCAAGACUCGUAGUGUCAGGAGGCUGGGAGCAAGCUGGAUGGAUCCUAUGACAUUCGGAUGAGGGCGCUAGCAGGUCCAUCCCUCUCCCUUCUCGUCUGCCCUUCGAUCCUUCUUUGCGCGAGCCUCCUAACGUGUCUCGAAUUCCUUAGUAAUCUUCCAGCAAGAACACAAUGGCCGACUCCGGACGCGGACGUGGUGGAUUUGGACGCGGGCGUGGUGACCGUGGACGGGGCCGUCGGGGCCCCCGUCGCGGUGGCCGCAAGGACGAGGAGAAGGAGUGGGUCCCCGUUACCAAGCUUGGUCGUCUCGUAAAGGACGGCAAAAUCCGCUCCAUGGAGGAGAUUUACCUCUUCUCGCUUCCCGUCAAGGAGUACCAGAUCAUCGAUUUCUUCCUCCCUAAGCUCAAGGAUGAGGUCAUGAAGAUCAUGCCCGUCCAGAAGCAGACCCGCGCCGGUCAACGCACCCGCUUCAAGGCGUUCGUCGCCAUCGGUGACUCGGACGGCCAUGUCGGUCUCGGUGUCAAGUGCGCGAAGGAAGUCGCGACUGCCAUCCGCGGCGCCAUCAUCCUCGCGAAGCUCUCCGUCGUUCCCGUUCGGAGGGGUUACUGGGGUGCCAACCUCGGUGAGCCCCACACCGUGCCUUCGAAGGUGUCUGGCAAGGUCGGAUCCGUCAUGUGCCGUCUCAUCCCUGCUCCCCGUGGUACCGGUCUCGUCGCUGCUCCCGCGUCGAAGCGUAUGCUCCAGCUUGCGGGCAUCGAGGACUGCUACACACAGUCGAAGGGUUCGACUGCGACGAUGGGUAAUUUCUUGAAGGCGACCUUCGCUGCCAUCACGAAAACGUACGCGUUCCUCACGCCCGACCUUUGGCGCGAGAUCUCUCUCUCCCAGUACCCAUACGACGAGCACAGCGCGCACCUACAGCUUGCACAGGGCAAGAAGGCGUAUUAGACGCUUUCUUUCUCCGACGGAGGUCUGGGCGGUUAGACUGUUGAUUCGAUCAUUGUAUUCCUGCUGUGUUUCUAGCAUUUGCUCCGCCAACAAAACGCUCUAGUAUGUCAUUAUUAGCAUGAUGCACUAUGGCAAUGACCCUUCGCAAAAUUCUAUGCACGAAACUCCUUCGGCACU